ACUCUUAUUAAAUCAAGCGGGCGUGGAUGUUUACUGACAAGUCAGUGAAGUUUUGUUUUCAUCAAAGAGGAGGAAUCGUUAAACAUGUGUGGAUUUGGAGAUUUCUUAUCAUUCGAUGUCUGUCUCUUACCAAACAUUUGGAGGCUUUUCUUUGUGCUGAGCGUCUUAUUUCCCCACAACCACAGCUCAUUAUUGGAAUGUUCACCCACCUGCGUCUGCUCACCCAACGAGAUCUACUGCAAUAUGGCAGAAAACAUCGGCGUUUUCACCCUCUGGUCCUUCCGGGGCACUGAGAGCUUUGAGAACGACACUGAAAGCCUGCAAAAGCUAUUCCAGAACAUCACUUCCAUGCAUUUUGAGAACUGGACCGGUGCUCGGACAUUAGAGGAUGUUCACAUGGAGCUGUUCACUGGCUUGCAGAGGCUAACUGUGACCAGCAGCAGCCUGCAGACAGUCCAGCCAAGUGAUUUCUUCAACAACCCACAACUGAGUUACAUAAACCUGUCCAAGAAUCCCAUGUUGACGACUUUGUCCUGGAAGAGCUUUGAAAACGUCCAACUCAUUGAACUACAUUUAGAAGAUAUGACCUUUGAUUGUGGCUGUGAGAUCCGCUGGCUGCAGCUAUGGCAGCAAAGAGAUGCUAUGGGGCUAAGUAGCCAACAGAUAUAUUGUUCCAACAGCUCCCAGAAGAUACCUCUGCAAGAAAUGAACAUAAGCAAUUGUGACCUUCCAGAAAUGACCAUGAGCCACAGCGUCAUUACAGUGAAAGAGGGCGAAAGUGUAACAGCGACAUGUAAUGGAUCUGGAUCCCCAUUACCUGAGGUUGACUGGCCUAUUAGCGGGUUACACACUUUAACAUUACAAGAGGCCAGAAUCUACGACAACAGCACCGUUCGUUCUAUAAACAUCACUUUGGUAAACGUAAGCAGAGAUGACAACAAUUCCCUUUUGACCUGCGCAGCCACCAAUGUUGUAGGCACAACCAACGCUUCCAUUCAGCUUAUUGUCCACUUUUGUCCUUCCAUUGUAAAUCUUAAGGAGCCAGAGGGUCGCCAUGAUACAUGCAUCGAAUUCACUGUAAGAGGCUCACCCGAGCCAACAUUAAGAUGGUUCCACAACAAUGAGGAAAUAUCGCAUACUGAGUAUGUGCAUCCAGAUACAGAUAGGUACAAUGACUACAUAGAGGGAUGCCUUACAUUCAAAAACCCAACUCAUCACAACAAUGGCAACUAUACACUGCAGGCUACAAACUACCUGGGUGUGGUCAACAGCACUGUUCAUGGACACUUCCUUGACAAGCCCUUUGAAAAAGAGGACACAGAUUAUGAUUAUGUCACCUCAACAACAGAGACUCCUGCCCAACAUGAUGAUACUUUUUGGGUUUCUAUAGCAGUCGGACUUGCAGGGUUUGCUAGCGUCAUGCUGGUGGUUAUCUUCCUCUUCAAUAAGUGUGGGCAAAAUUCCACGUUAGCCAUCAAAGGUCCUGGUGAGGAAGACUCUAGCAGCCCUCUUCACCAUGUCAAUCAUGGGAUUAUGGGCCCGUGUACACUGGAUGGUGGACUUGAUGCUUUGAUGAUUGGAAUGAACAGGAUUCCUAUUAUAGAGAAUCCACAAUACUUCAAACAUGGACACACCUGCAAUAAACCCACCGCAUUUGUUCACCACAUAAAACGGAGGGACAUUAUUUUACAGAGGGAGCUUGGAGAAGGAGCAUUUGGCAAGGUCUUUCUCGCUGAAUGUUACAAUCUGAGUCCCACUAAAGACAAAAUGCUUGUGGCUGUAAAGACUCUGAAAGAUUCCAUGCUAUCAGCCAGGCAAGACUUCCAACGGGAAGCUGAACUGCUGACCAAUCUCCAACAUGAACAUAUCGUAAAGUUUUAUGGCGUAUGCGCUGAAGGAGAUCCACUCAUCAUGGUCUUCGAGUAUAUGCAACAUGGGGAUCUGAAUAAAUUUCUCAGAGCCCAUGGGCCAGAUGCCAUGAUCCUGGUGGAAGGACAGCCCCUGCAGACUAAUGGGGAGUUGGGUCUGUCCGAGAAGCUUCACAUCGCCAGUCAAAUCGCUGCAGGAAUUAUCUACCUUGCAUCGCAACACUUUGUGCAUCGAGAUUUGGCUACAAGAAACUGUCUGGUGGGGAAUGGCCUCCAGGUGAAAAUAGGAGACUUUGGCAUGUCAAGAGACAUUUACAGCACAGAUUAUUACAGGGUGGGAGGUCACACGAUGCUGCCCAUUCGAUGGAUGCCCCCAGAGAGUAUCAUGUACAGGAAGUUCACCACAGAGAGCGACGUGUGGAGCUUCGGAGUUAUUUUGUGGGAAAUAUUCACUCAUGGCAAACAACCAUGGUUCCAGCUGGCCAACAAUGAGGUGAUUGAAUGUAUAACUCAAGGCAAGGUUCUGGAGCACCCACGGCUCUGUCCCAAAGAAGUCUAUGACGUGAUGCUUGGCUGCUGGCAGAGAGAACCACAACAGCGUCUUCACAUGAAGGAAAUUCAGAAGACUCUGUUAUUGCUGAUGAAGGCCACGCCCGUUUAUCUGGACAUACUUGGUUAGAAACAGAAGCACUUGAAGAGGAAUGAGAGUACAAGUGUACUGCGUAUUGUGACAACACACACAAAACUGGUUGUUUUUCAUAUCAUAGUGGCACACAUUGUGUACUAACGCUUUUAAUUUCAGUUGAGUUUGCUGGGAAAGAAUGUUUAGCUGCCACCUCAUACUAAAACUUUUGUUUGGUAAGCUCUUAAUAAUAAUGGAUUGGAUUUAAACUAUCAAUCAAUCAAUCAAUGUUUACUUAUAUAGCCCUAAAUCACUAGUGUCUCAAAGGGCUGCACAAACCACUACGACAUCCUCGGUAGGCCCACAUAAGGGCAAGGAAAAC